AUGGAUUUAGAUACAAAUCAUCAAAAUUUAGCCAGUUUUCCAAAUCACCUUGCAACAAACAACGUAUCGGCUCUCGACACGUCUGCAACCAAUAAUAGUAUACUUUAUGGGACCAAUUCGCUAGAUAAUAUUCAGCUCAAACCAACGAAUAGUGCGAUUUGUCCAGCACCUAUUAGUCCAUCAUCAAGUGUUUUUUCCACUUCUGAGCAUGAAAUUUAUCGGAUGCAAAACGAUACAACUGGCCAACACAAUGAUUCUUCAAAUAAUAUUGCUGCAAAACUUCCAAAACAAUUUCGAUUACUUAUUGAACGAAAAAUUUUAGUGGAAAUCUUGCGCGAUGAUUAUGACAUCAAGCAGAAUGCUUCGAUUGACUGCGAUCAGAAACCGAUUGAUUCGCCUCAAACAUGUCUUAUAAGUAAUCAAAAACCUCGCAGGCAAAGAACACAUUUCACAAGUCAUCAGCUAACUGAACUGGAAAACUGGUUCGCUCGUAACAGAUACCCAGACAUGGCUACUAGAGAAGAAAUUGCACUUUGGAUCAGUUUGACUGAACCGCGAGUGCGGGUAAGAUUCUAUUAA